ACAGAGACAAGGGGAGGAAAACUAGUGUAUGAAGUUGUGGCUCGCUGUGAAGUUGAACUGUGUGUAAGUGUGUGCUCGUAUGGUUAGGGGGUGUUAAAGGGUUGGCUGACCACCCUGGACAGCCCCUUCCUGACUACAUUGCUGACAGGAAGUUUAGAAAAAAAUAGAGAAAAGGAGACGUGAACUGUUCUGUUGCUCCCUUUUUUGUUUUUCGCCAUUUUUCAAAUUUCGCCAACGCUCCACCGCUAUAGGAAGCAUAAGGAUCACAUAACUCUGAGGGAAGAACAUUAACAGCAAAAGAGUGAAGGAAGAUGGAUGACAACUCUUGUGGUAAACGGGGUCAUUCUGUAAAGGAUUAUUUGUGACGCAAAGGGACUUAGGGAAGAAUGCUGAGUGUGUGCGGGACUGAAUGAUGAAAACUGCUGUUGGGACUCUGAAUUUUGGAGCAUCCUGAGAGUUGAUUACCGAGGUCUUCUAAAAAUAUUUUUUUGGAUUCUACUCAAAGCUCUCCGCUUCUUCUGCAGUAUGCACUAUGCUCUCCCCAACCCCUUCCACACCACCUCCAGUCCUCACCAAACCCUCUUCCCUCACAAUAUCGUCACCUAUUCCAGCCUCGUUCCACUCACAAACCUCUUCUUUUCCUCCUAGUACUCCUUCCUCCCUGACUUCUACUCCAGCCUUCCCAUUAGUUGAUAUCUCCAAUGACUCGUCCCCUGACCCCUCCUCCCUCCCGCUUCCAACAUCAUCCCCAAUAUCAUGUAUGCAACCUUCCUCACCUCCACCUUCAACUUUGUCACCUCACAUUAAAUCCAAACCGUCCUCCCCUCCUGUUCCCCAGAAACCCAUGCCUCCUGAGGUACCAAAGCCACCCCUCCCUGCACAACUUCCCUCUGCUCUUCCCAAGAUCUCCUCCACACCCCUGCCUAGACCACCUCCACCUCCUGUUGCUAGGCCCUCAUCUCCACCCCAUCCCAGACCUCCUCCUCCAGUCUCAAAACCACCAGUCCCUGCAUCUCCAGUUGGCAAGACCAAAAAGCCAUUGCCUCCUGGUAUCAGCAUCCUGGAGAAACUAAUAAAGACAUGUCCAGUGUGGCUUCAACUCGGGAUGAAGCAGGACAGAGCCAUGCAAAUACUGAACAAAGAGUCGUCUGGGAUCUUUUUAGUUAGGAGAGAUCCCAGUCAGAAUCUGAUGGUACUGUCAGUACGUCUUCCUAACCAGCUGGGGGAGCCCCAGGUCAAAGAACUGCCUGUAAAGGAAGAAAAGUCCUUGCUGUACCUCGAAGGGUCUGUCCUGGUCUUUGAAAACAUUUUUAAACUCAUUGCUUUCUACUGUGUGAGCCGGGACAUCCUUCCUUUUCCUCUGAAGUUACCUCAGGUCAUCCUCCAUGUAGCUAAAUAUGAGGAUAUGGAGGUGAUCUCUUCUCUUGGUUCAGAGUUCUGGAAUUCAGCUCUGAAUAAUCAUGUGGAAGUGGGAAAUGGAGAUGGUAGUUGUGGCACUCCAGACAGCCAGGGGCAAAGCAGCUCCUGUGAAAUCCAGCUUUCCAUUGGCAGUGACCGCCUUUGGUAUGUCAACCCCAUUUUCAUUGAGGAAUGUGGCAACAGCGUGCCGCCCACCUCACCUACCCCUGUCUUAAGGACCCAAAGCCUCAAUGCCCCAAUCCAGGCUCCACCCAAAUAUAAAAGACCACCACCCAUGCGUCCAUGUCCUCCCAGUGCACCUGAGUGCUCUCUACACUAUGCAUUUGGCAAGCCAGCAAAAGAGGAGUUUAAGCACAUUCUCAGUUCUCCUCCCCCUUCUGUCCAGAAAAGGGAAGGAAGUGAUGGUGAUCAUGCAGAACAAGAGAGACAGAGAACUCCUGCCUCAGGCGUUGAGCGUGACACAGCCAAGCCAGCUGUCUUACAAAUAGCUGAGAGAAAGCAGUCUUCUAGUACUCCUUCAUUUAGAGUUCCUCCAAUACCAUCCCGGCGCAGACUAUCUGAGAAACAACCAUCAGAGGAACCAGCACAGCAGGAAGUCACCACCAGCACCUCCAGAAACGCUGAUGCAGAUGUUCCGCAAGACCCUGUAGCCUCUCUAAUUUGCCUAGAUGACAGUAUGGAAGAAAGAGAGAAGCCUGUGGACUUAGAAACUCUCCAGGAAGUGCCAGAGGAACAAUCUAAAGUAUCUAAUGGAGCUACAAAAGUGACUCGGGAAGUAGUGGCUGAAGCAAAGAACACUGAUGCUCCAGUAGCGCCUCCCAGGAGAAAAAGACUUUCUCAAAUUCUGACUGGACAACUCUCCAAAGCCACUGGGAAUUCACUUACACCAAGUACCCCAGAACCCACUUCCAUUCUUCCUUUGAAUUCCAGAAGUCCCAGUCCUGUCCGUCAUUCACUCAUCGUCAAUGCUAGUCAUCCCAAAGUCUCUGAUGUUUCUCUGUAUUCUCCUGAGGGUGGAGCUCCACAGCCAGAUGAUUCCUACUCAACCAGCAGCACGGAGGAGGAGAUGGACAACCAUGUGGCAACAGGUGCUCUGAUGAAGAGGACCCCAACAAUCAUGCUUGACCGAGCAAAGCAACGACUGUCCAUGGUGUCCAUGGCGAACCUCUCCAACGUCCUCACAGGCUUCAUGAGUGCCGACCGCAAGCUGCAGAAACGCAUCGUAGAGCUGUCCCGGGAUGGAAACACAUACUUCGGGAACCUUGUCAGGGAUUAUCGAGCUUUUACCUUAGACACCAUGCGGAAACACACCUCUAGCACAGAGAUGCUCCAAGAGAUCAGGCAGACGAUAACCCAACUAAAAAGCUACUUGAUCCAGAGUAAAGAGCUGCAAAAUCUACAAGAAGCAGCUCCAUACUCUGAGGAGAAAUUGGAGAUCAUCAUUGAGGCUGCACUUUGUAAGAGUGUUCUGAAACCCAUGCGUGAGGCCGUGUAUAAUGGACUGAAGGAUAUCCACUCACGUGCGGGAUACCUGAAGAAACUAAAAGAGAACCAGCAAGUGGUUCUGGGGACCACCACCACAGACCUGGGGAUAACCACUAGUGUCCCUGAAAUGGCUGUCAUGGAGAAAAUUCAAGUGAAGCUUGGUAACCUGCACCAAGAGUAUUCACCUCAGAAGAAGAUCGACUUGCUCCUCAAGACCUGCAAGAUCAUCUAUGAGUCCAUGUCUGUGGGCUGUCCAGGAAAGGCUUACGGUGCUGAUGACUUCCUGCCUGUGUUGAUGUUUGUCUUGGCUCGAAGUAACAUCAGUGCUCUGCUGCUGGAUGUAGAGUAUAUGAUGGAGCUGAUGGAUCCUGCACUGCAGCUUGGAGAGGGUUCAUACUAUCUAACCACCACCUAUGGUGCUCUGGAGCACAUUAAGAAUUUUGAUAAACAGGCUGUGACCAGACAGCUGAGUCUGGAGAUCCAGGACUCCAUCCAUCGCUGGGAACGCCGCCGCACCCUAAACAAGGCUCGAGCAUCACGCUCCUCUGUGCAGGACUUCAUUAAUGUGUCCUUCAUGGAAGCUGGCUCCAACACCAAGACUCUGGGGGUGCGACCCAACACUACGGUUCAAGACCUGUGCAAUCAGUGUGCUGAGAAAUAUGAGGUGUUGGACCCUGAGUCUUAUUGCCUGAGUGUGCUGGUGGAUGGCCAUUACAUGCCACUGGCUCCUGAGGAGUUCCCUCUCGCUAUCAAAUCCAGCUUGCACCACAGUGAGCCACGGAAGGAGUAUUACUUUGUGUACCGUCAUGGUCGCUGGCCAGAACAAGAAUCUGUGGACCAGACACCCCCUACACCUGCACCAGAAGAGAGUUUAAUAUGAACUGUGUGCAUAUGUAUAUGUGCGUGUGCAUGCAUUCAAAUGUCAGUGGAUCUUUGCAGAAGGUUUUGGGCAGCUUGAAUGGAAUGCAAACGAUAUUUUUAAUAUACGAAAGAAUGUACUGUAAGUGAUGCAGAAGAAUGUAAGCUGACAUUAAAAUGCCUAUGGCAUUAAAAUGGCAUGAAUACAGAGACUGGCUUUCAAAUGACAGGCAUUUGCUAGUUGGAAAGAACUAGGACUGGAAUCCCAAAUCUCUUUUGAAAAGAUCCACUGAUUUUCUCAUAAAGAAGCAUGGUGAGCUCAAAUGAACAGCCUGCCUUAGAAAAUGUACUUCUAUUUGUGAGUUUUCAGUGCACAAAGAGACACAGAUAUAUCCUUCACCUUAGUUAGCCUUAACUUUAGCAGAAUAAUAUUUAUAUUAUUAGACAGUAUGAGUCAGUAGUAGUCCAGGAUGGACUUCAAAGAUAUUAGUCAUUAAUAUAAUCUAUUUCCCCAGCAGUGAUAGGCAGACCUUGAAAGUUACAAGAUUCACAAACAAAACUUUAACUUUCAAACAAUACAGCCAAAGCUUUUCAUAUCUCAGGGCUCAGUAGGUUGUGACUCAUACUGUCUACUUUGGUGCUGAUUUCUUCAUUUAUAAAUUUCUUAAAGCAAUGCAUCUUUACAGACCUUGAACUGUGUGCCUGCAUUGCUCUGUUCCUAUACUCAGUAAUUUGCCCUCUCUGUUAUAUUUUGUUGAUGUUCACAAUAAGUUCAAUGUCACUGCUUUUUAUGUCUGACAACAUAUACAAUAGUUUUGGCAUAAGAUUUUAUGGAAAAUUAUUUUAAGCAACAUAAAUAUCUAUAUACAGUAUCUCACAAGAUGUAUCUGUUUCAGUGAGCACAACAUAUGCCAAACCAAAGACUUGUGUUUGUUAUUCAUUUUAAAAUGUUUACUGGUAAUAAAUAUCUUUUUACAUUA